AUGAGCCCAGUGGCAGCAUGGAGCGAGUUUGCGGGAACCUGGCAUAUGGUGUUGGGAUGUUUCCGUGAAAGAACCUACAUGCUGACGAUGAACCCCCACAUCACCAAUUGGGUUCCGAUUGCCGUUCCGUUGGACAAGUGGAUCAUUUGGCCACCACCGUUCGAUUAUCCGCCGGCCGCAUUGGGGCCAUGUACGGGUCUCUUCGUGAUCUUCUUCAAAUUCUAUGAUUUUCUGGGGCAGUAUGUCGCGCCCAACUCGUACGUCAUGUCUUCUGAAAGAGCACGAACAGAUUUCCCACAAAUGGACGGGAAGAGGAUGAAGUACGUUUCCGUUUUCUAUGAGGGUGAGCACAACGAUGCCCGCACCAACGUCUGCAUCGCCCUCACUGCAGCAAUGUACGGGUCUUGCAUCGCCAACUAUGCCAAGGUUGAGCGAAUCGUGUUCGACGAGAAAGGUGUUGCCACUGGGGCAGAGGUCCUUGACAAGACAGAUCCAGCUGCCAAGCCUUUCGCUGUCAAGGCCAAGAAGAUCGUCUACUGUGGUGGGCCUUUCACAGACGGUCUGCGGCAGCUGAGUGAGGGGAAGGAUGUGAAGCCCAUGGUCAAUGCUUCUGGAGGUACCCACAUUGUCCUUCCGCCUUACUAUUGCCCCCGGCACAUCGGAAUGGUUGACAUGAUGACUUCCAGAGGCUCGUUCCUCUUCUUCCUCCCAUGGGAGGGCUACACGCUUGUUGGCACCACGGAUGUGAAAACAAAGCCUGAUCUGCAUCACGAAGUGCCCGAGGACGAGAUUCAGUAUUUGAUCAACGAGUGUGAGAAGUACUUGUCGCCCAAUCUGCAGGUGCGCCGACGAGACGUCAUGUCGGCUUGGUACGGCAUUCGUCCGCUGUGCGGAGACCCAAAUGCCAAAGAUCAAAGCUCUGCCUCUCGCGACCAUGUUGUGUCGCAUCAUCCAACGAAUGGUAUCACUUUUGUCUCCGGCGGAAAGUGGACAACUUGGCGAGAAAUGGCAGAGGAUGGCGUAGACCAGGUCUUGGAGCGCCACCCGGAUCUGAAGAAGAAGGCUGGACCUUCCAUCACCUUGGAGACACCCUUGCUGGGAACUGGAAAAACAAGCGAGUUUCCGGAAGGAUAUCACGAAAAUCUGGCGGUGCGAUUGUCGCAGAAAUAUGAUGUCGCCUUUGACGUGGCGCAGCACCUGGUGCGAAACUACGGCACCCGAGCUGGGGAUGUGCUGUCCUGCGUCGAAGAAAGUCAAGUCAAAGGAUCCAGGUCUGGACUGUACAAGCACUAUCCCAGACUCUAUGAGGGUGCGGCAGCUACAACUGGCUACCCAUAUCUGGAGGCAGAAGUGCGAUAUGCAGUAAACCAGGAAUACGCGAUGAGUCCUGCGGAUGUUUUAUCGCGAAGAACUCGCCUGGCUUUCCUGAACUCAACAGCAGCCCGUUUGUGCUUGCCCCGUGUCGUGGAGAUCAUGGCUGAGUGCCUGGGUUGGUCUGAUGCACGAGCUCUUGAAGAGCACGAGAGAGCGGAGCAGAUUCUAGCCCGUGACUUUGCUGGACCCGUGCCCAACAAGGUCGGAGCACUCCUUCGAACGGCUUGCACUGCAGACGUGAAGGAUGUCUUCGACAAGAUUGACGUCGAGAGAAAGGGUACUCUCACCAAAGCAGGCAUUUCAAAGGCAGCAGCUGAACUUGGCUUUCCUCUCUCACAAGCUGAGCUGCAGAAGGCUGUGAAUGAGAUGGACACUGACAGGAAUGGCGAGGUGCACUUCCCAGAGUUUUUGGCAUGGUGGAACUCGUCUGAAAAGAGCCAGGACGUGCAGAAAAAAAUCUACAUGGGCAGCCGAGCUGGUUCCAGGUGGAAGACAAUCGAGCAGUAA